UGGAGCUUUUAUAAAAAUAUGUGUAUUUCAUUAUGUAUUUCUUGUUGUUGCUUAUUUAGUGUUGUAUCAUAUGAAAGAGCAAACUGCUCCCCCCUCCGCCCUCCAUAACUUUAUGAAAUAUGGGGUGUGUUACAAAAAGUGUGGAAGUCGUUUUUAUUCUGUGCCUUUAUGGUUUAUGCCGCUGUACGUCCUUGAAACUUUUAUUUUGAACUGCAGGUCGGAAGUGUAGUAUUGGCCAGCUUCCUCGUGACGACAUUUCCGGUUUGCUGCUUGUUGUAAAUACAGCAAACAGCUGGACGCGGACCCCUCUCCUUGUCAAACACAGUAAACAUCUGUGUCAGCUGCUGGAAUCAAAGAACCUGUAUCAAUCCGCGUUUGCGGUGAUUUGUCUGAACUCUUGUCUCCUGCCGCCUCCUUCCUGCGGCUAGCAGCUUCGAGCUAAGUUGCCGUCCGGUUGCUGCUCAGGUUGUUUUUUGAGGCUCAGGUUCUCUGCUGAGUUCUGCCCACAGAAAGAAGUGUCUUCUCUCUCAUGGUGGUUUUAGGUCAAUGGGGAACUGCUUGUUUUCACAAGGUGGGGAUGACCUUUCGCUGCUGAACGAUUCCGAGGGGGGCAGUCUGCCCGGAGAGCCCCCGCCACCUUACCAGCAGCACACCCCGCAGGUGCCAGUCUUCCAUCCUACGCCAGGCGAGAGUCGUCUGGCCAACCAGCUGACCGAGGAGGAGCAGAUCCGUAUCGCUCAGCGUAUCGGACUCAUCCAGCAUCUUCCCAAAGGCAUCUUCGACCCGGGCUCUGACGCCUCGGAGAAGAAAGUAAAAGAGUGUGUGAUCUGCAUGAUGGAUUUUGAAUAUGGUGAUCCCAUUCGGUUCUUGCCUUGCCUUCACAUCUACCACGUGGACUGCAUCGACCCCUGGCUGAUGCGCUCCUUCACCUGCCCCUCCUGCAUGGAGCCUGUGGACGCCGCCCUGCUGUCUACAUAUGAAACCAACUGAGCCCCGCCGGCGGCUGCUUCCGUUCCUGUCCAGAAGGACCGGCACCAUUUUUACCCUCUCUGUUAAACAGGUAGCCGAGGCGUCGUGGCCCUGCGCAGGUAUUUCUAAGGUCUCUGGGGAUGAAGACACACAUCAAGAACAGUUACUCACAUGUUUGUGUUUGAAGAAAUUUAGCCUUUUCACAGGAGGAUAAUGUGCCAAAUCGAGUCAGAUGAGCUAAAA